AUGGAUUCACGAAGAGAUCCUCGCGUUAAAAAACGCUCCUCCAAUGCCUGCCAUCGAUGUCGAAGGCAGAAAAUCAAGUGCUCGGGCUCGCAGCCCUGCGACACGUGCAACAAGCGGAAACUCACCUGCACUUUUGAUGAUCGCGACCAGAAAAUCCUUGUCACUCGCGGGUUCAUCGAUGAUCUACAGAGGAAAAUUGCCCUGCUAGAACGGGGCGAUGAAGAGCCUUUCAGCCCGCAGAGCUACGAGCCAGACCCGAGACCAGAAGAAGCCAUCGCUAGCUUUCCAGACGAGGAUCAUGGCGAAUCAUCCUACAACUCCGCCUUGACGAAUCCGUUAUCGACCGGACCGUCGACCUUUAUGACUGCUGGCUGUGGGAGGACCUUCUAUCUAGGCACUUCGUCCAACUGGUCUUUUGCUCGCCGAGUCCUUAGCUUGACCCACGAACACAUACACCAUGCUCCUCUCCCGACAGGGCGACUGCUCUUCGACGGAGCUGCUUAUGACUUGGGCUGGGAUGGAUCGAGGACGGCUGUAUCGCCUCAACUCCCCAUGGCCCCAACGCUUGACUUUUCCAUCUACCUGAUCAAUGCCGUCAAGUUCCAUGCCGGUCAGCUAUUCCAUCUCUUUGACGAACCAUCCUUUAUGGGAAAUCUCUACGCCUUUUAUGAGGACCCACAGCAGAUGACAACCUCAAAUCUCUGGUAUAUCCAUUACCUGCUCAUUCUAGCUUUUGGAAAAGCCUUUGUCGUGCAGAAGAAUCAAGGUCGUCGUCCACCAGGCUGUGAAUUCUUCACCAAAGCACUGCAGUUGCUGCCAGAUUCGACACAGUUGUCCAGAGAGCCUGUCAUAGCUUGUGAGAUCCUCUGCUGUAUCGCUUUGUACCUCCAGUCUCUGGACUGUCGCAGCACCGCCCACAACUUUAUUGGCCAAGCAGUGCGAAUUGCCCUUGCACAAGGGAUGCACACCAAUAUGCCCGUUGAGCCGCUUGGAGAAGCACUGGUCCAACGAUGUCGUAAGAUCUGGUGGACCACCUAUAUCCUUGAUCGACAGAUGACUUCGUUGAUGGGACUGCCUCAAUCAAUUCAUGACGACCAGCUUCAUUACCAGCUGCCUUUAUUUACUGGAUCGCCUCAAAAGGUAGCAGCUCUCAGCAUGCAAAUCAAACUAUGUCAGAUCAUUGCAGAGGUCAACAGCACUGUAUACGGACCUGAUGGACGACUGAACCGCAAAUUUCUUCUUCGAACCAAAGCCGCCUUGUCUAGCACCGCCGACCUAGCAGAUGAAUUGCAGAAUUCUUUUGACCUCCGUUUGGAUGAAUCUUCCAUCAGCGGUGUUUCUCGACUGUCGGCUCAUCUGCAUCUUCUCUACCAUCAGUGCAUGGUUCUGGCAACCAGACCCUUGUUAUUCUGCUUUUUGAAAAUCCGAUUCCAGUCUCCUGCCGACCUCGAGUCGCUCCAUUCCUCGUCCAACGUACGCAAGCUGUUGCAGGUAUGUAUCGAAUCCGCACAGCAAAUGCUCAACAUUCUCUCCAGUCUACAAGAACAAAGUCUUCUAGAUAGCUUUCUCCCCUUUGAUCUCGACUCCACCUUUGUCUCCGCUGUCAUCCUUCUUGUCGCUCCCGUAAUUGACCCUAAUCUCCUCGAUGACUGGACGCCAUGGCUAUACAAGACCUAUAUGCUUCUCGAUGAGAUGAUCUCCCGAGGCAAUCUCAUUGCAGAAUUCGGCAGGUCCGAACUCGAACAGUUGAAUGAAAUGCUCAUCCAACUCUCUCCAGACCUUGAGAAACGAGCAAUGGCCCUGUCAAUGUCGACUCCGAUAUGUAAUAGUAAUACUUUUGCUCCAGAAGGGUUAUCGACGGCGGAGAUUCUUGCUGUAGCAGAAUCGAUUGACACUGGGGAUGUAGAUUGGAUCGCGCAUGCCAUAACAGAAAAUAGCAUUUGGUAG